UUGGCCGACUCCCUUGCAUUUUGUUCCGAUCUGACGACACGCGCGCUUGCCCGCACGCAGACUCCAGUGCACACGAAUAAACAUAAAAAAAAACACCCUAAAAUAGGGUUGUACGAAUAAAAUAAAUAAUAAUUCCUCAAAUAAAAAUAAUAGUGUAAUUCUUUUAGUGUAGUGACUCAAUAAUUAUUAGAGUAAUAAUUGCUCUAGUGUAAUUUAGUUCGUGGUUUUGGACAAUUAAUUAAUUAGUGUUGGAAUUGUCAAACAUGAACGGGCCAAAUACAACCAUGUCGUUCGUCGACUCGUACCGAAAAUUCAUGGAACGCAAUAGCGAUCCGCGAACGGAAAACUGGUGGCUAAUGUCAGGCCCUGGUCCUCUACUCACCAUCCUCGCUUCAUACAUCUACUUCUGCACUUCUGUCGGUCCUCGGUACAUGAGGGACAGGAAACCCUAUGACUUGAAGAACACCAUGAUUCUGUAUAACGUGUCUCAGAUACUGAUGAGCAUCUAUCUGGUGUAUGAGGGUAUGGUUGCAGGAUGGUGGAACGACUACAACUUCUCAUGCCAGCCAGUAGAUUACUCAAACAACCCUAAGGCUCACAGAAUGGCAGCAGCAGUAUGGUGGUACUUCGCAGCCAAGAUCAUUGAGCUUCUGGACACAAUCUUCUUCGUCCUGAGGAAGAAGAACAGACAGGUCACGUUCCUUCAUCUGUACCAUCACUUCAUGAUGCCCAUCUGCGCUUGGAUCGGUGUCAAAUUCUUGCCAGGUGGUCACGGAACUCUCCUCGGUGUGAUUAACUCUUUCAUCCACAUCAUCAUGUACACUUACUACCUGAUCUCCGGUCUUGGUCCUCAGUACCAGAAGUACCUGUGGUGGAAGAAACACCUCACCACCAUGCAGCUGAUCCAGUUCUGCAUUAUCUUCUACCAUAACUUCACCGUUAUGUUCAGCGACUGCAACUACCCUAAGGGCAUCAACUUCCUACUGUCCCUCAACGCUGGUCUUUUUCUUUACAUGUUCGGAAACUUCUACUAUGUCAACUAUGUCAAAAGCAAACAGACUGCUCAAAGUACCCCGGUUUCCGCAAAUGGGAAAUCGAAAGAGUGCUAGUAAAAAGACUUUAUAAAUGUGAUCAUUUUAGUUUAAUUUAAUCGAAGCUGGCUUUCGCUGGCUUUUGUUGUGAUAGUUCUGUGUUUAAGAUUUUGUAGAAUCUGUGUGCCAAUUCUUUUUUUUCGUCUUCAUCGAUACUUACUCUGUCUAUUGAAGAAGUUUUAACGUGAUCAAGCUUUGUUUUAUCUUCGUUUAUUUUUGUAUCUUCUUUGGAAAGUACAAACAUUCUUAGUCUGUCCAAUCAUUUUUCAAAAUCUUAAACAUAAUUAAGUUUCUAAGUAAACGUUCGUAUAGACUUCCACCAUUUCAUAAACUAGGUUUACGACUGUAUAUUUGUACAAAUAGUUUUAAUUUUUGGUUUAGGUAUAAUAUAUUAUUAUAUCGAUAGAAACUAUUUGAUAUAUUUGCCCUUAUUUCGACUUUGGAUGGAAUGUGUAUUAUUGUGUAUGCUGCUGCAAUUAUUUUUUUACCGACUUUUUAUUUGUUUUAUUGCCUUUUGAUGUUUUUGAAGCUUUCUUUAUUUUGGUCUGAUACGAGAUCGUUGUGAUGAGCGCAAUAUGCGUCUCUAUAUUGAUUUAUGAGCCCUAUUAUGUACGAGCUAAUACAUAUUGCUAUUUCGUUUGAAGUAGAUUUAUACUGCCAUCACGAGAAGAAAAGACGAGAAGAAACUUUACAAAAUGUAUCUUUGCUUCAUUAUUUUUUAUAAUAAUCUCAUUAUAACAAGACUGCUGAUUUUACUUGCGUUUCGACUUUUUUACUUUACUGUGUAAGUUUUUUUUUUGUUAUUUCCUAUAUUGUUUUAUGACAUAAAAUAAUUUUAUUGCAGCAUACACGAUACAGUUGAAUUACAAGUCUGUAAAGUCAGAGGUUUGUUUGAGAUAUACCAGAUUUUUUUAAGUAGAUCAAUAAGUAGGGAAAUUAAGACACUCUACGUUGAAUUUAAGUUACCUUUUUCCAUACUCCAAAUCAAACUCGUAAUUUUUGUUUUAUUUUGAAGUUUAUUUUAUUUUUUAAUACGAUUGAAAUACACUCGUAUUUGUAAUAACAAUUUAAACACUUGUUUGUUUUUAUUUUUGUUUAUACUAUAUUUUUAUUAUGAUUAUUAUUUUCAUAAAAUAUCAGAUACAAGAUUGAAAAGAAAAUGUUAGUUUAUCAAACAUCACAUAAGACUUGUUAUUUAAGAGAUCUGAAAUAUAUGGGUAAUUUUAUAUAA